AUCGGUCAGGAUAAUUGGGAAAUUUUAGUAAUAAAAUAUUAAUAAGGUCUUUUACGAAAAAUGAAAAUUUUCAGUAAAUAUUGUUUUUCUACUAUUCAACCUAUAUGGCCAAAAAUGUUCAAGAGAUGGAAAACGGAAAAAGCACCUGUAGUUUACGAUUGUGCUCCUCACCAGGGCGAUAAAAGUGUAUAUGCCGUGGAUAUCUGCGAUGCAAACGAAUGUUUUCCAGAACCACGCGUUGUCAUUAUAGGUGCAGGAAUGGCAGGACUCUCUGCAGCGGCGAGGUUGUCUCAACGUGGCAUAAACAACAUUGUAGUGCUGGAAGCUUAUGAAAGACCGGGAGGUAGAAUUCAUUCAUGCUGGCUCGGUGACAUUGUUGCAGAACUUGGCUCGCAUUGGAAACCAGAUAAUUGUUUUAUCCAUCCCGUGUAUAUGAUGUCCGCUUCAGAGAUUCCACCACGACCUGGCGUUCCAGGCUCUGAGCAUACUCGGGGACUUUUUAAUAGAUUAGUAGCAGGCAAAAUGGCAUUCCCCCCGACAAUUACGGCAUAUCACAAAUUUCGUCAGAUUGAAGAAGAAGCAGCUCAAAUUUAUUGUCUUGGUGGGAAUAAACAGCAAGGUUCUUUAAUAAAUUUUAUGAGUAUGAGAAUUCAACAGGAGCUACAUGAAUAUCCAGAUGAACAACAGCAUGAUGCAGCCAGAAUAAUGUUUGGCCUAACACAUAUGAUUAGUGCACGAUGUGGAGAUGACAUAUCGAUGUUGUGUGCCGAUCACUUCGGGUGUUUCAUGAACAUGCCGGGGGGAGAAGUUAGAGUACCUUUAGGUUUAGUUGGUAUACUUGCUCCACUCUUACGUCAAAUACCUGAAGGAGCAAUUCAUUAUUGCAAACCUGUAAAUUGUAUUUAUUGGGGAACUUCACAAAAAUCUGGCUACCGAGCUACAGUUUGCACUACUGAUGGUGACGAAUUUCCUGCUGACUAUGUAAUUAUCACAGUUUCCCUAGGUGUAUUACAUGCUAACUCGGUCAAAAUGUUUUGCCCAGCUUUACCUGCUUCUAAAAUAGAUGCUAUGCGUUGUUUAGGGUUCGGCUUUUGUAAUAAAAUUUACUUGGAAUAUUGCCGUCCCUUUUGGUUCUGGCACAAAGGGAAUUUAAACUUCAAAUAUGGUCACGAAUUGUGCGGUCGAUGCGAUUGGACAAGAGGUAUUAAAGCGAUAGAAGCAGUUCCUAAUAGUAAGCACGUUAUGUGUGCGUGGGUAAUUGGCCAGGAAGCUAUGAUGAUGGAGGGUUUAUGCGAUAAAGAUGUAGCUGAAGGUAUAACAGACGUUUUGAGGUUCUCUACCGGAAAUCAAAACAUACCAUAUCCAGUUACGGUAUUAAGGUCACACUGGACCUCUGAUCCUUUCUUUUGUGGCGCUUACUCCUAUGAUUGUCACUGUGCUGAUGGAACAGCACAGAGAGCCUUAGCCUGCCCAAUUCCUGGGCCCAGUGAACCGAUUCCACCUAUCCUUUUAUUUGCGGGGGAAGCCACGGUUCCUGGUCAUUUUGCAACGGUAUCUGGAGCACGAUUAAGUGGAAUACGGGAAGCAGAGAGAAUUGUUCAAUUAACUUUACAAUUCAAAGGGCCACCAUUGCCACAAGCAGAAUCAGCUGCAUCUAAAAAUUCCAAGAAAUAUGAAGUAAGUAAUUAAUAUACUCUUCUUUUUUUCCAAUUUAACAUUAAAUAAAUAUUUUGCCUGUAAAGAACUUAUGGCCACAGAUAAUUAUUUCGUAAUGUUACAAGAACAGGAAUCAAAAUAGACAUAUACAGAAGUUCUGAACAUAUUGUUUCCCUUGUAAUAUUUUCACCCGGAAUUUACGUGAGUGUGUAAUAUCACCCAACCGCCAACUUGAGACUCCCUCUUGUUAGUUUUGAAACUUGAAUAUUAUUUGUAACUUCCUUGAUGUUUGUGUUCGCAUGCGAGUGUAUUAAUUGUGUGGCGCCACGUGAUUUGCAAAUAUGUAUGUAACAUAUUUCUAUGAAAUUCAGCAAAAUUCCUAUUAGUAUGUGAUAAGUACUAGAAGUAAUCUGCAGGUUUGGAAUAGUGUCCUGUGUUAAUCUAAAACAAUUAUUGUAAGUCGUUAGGGUGAAUCUGUAUAAAUAAAUAAAUUCUAAAAUCUUAAAACGGAUUCAAGUUCGUGCGUUAUUGCUUA